ACAGGAAAGGCUCACCAACAAGGCAGCAACGCAGCGCAGCAUAGCGGUUAGCAAGCCGCGCACACACGAUCUGUGAGAGGAUGGCUCGUACUAAGCAGACAGCUCGUAAGUCGAGCGGAGGAAAAGCCCCAAGAAAGCAACUUGCAAGGAUAUUUGCUUCGGCUCGUAAGACAGCUCCGAUAACCGGAGGAGUGAAGAAGCCUCGCCGAUACCGUCCAGGAACGGUAGCUAUUCGUGAAAUUCGCAAGUAUCAAAAGGCCACUGAGCUGCUCAUAAGGAAGCUGCCCUUCCAGAGGCUCGUUCGGGAGAUUGCGCAGCUUUACAAGAGUGACCUGCGUUUCCAGAGCCAUGCAGUGCUUGCUUUGCAGGAGGCAGCAGAAUCAUAUCUUGUGAGUCUCUUUGAGGACACCAACUUAUGUGCUAUCCAUGCCAAGCGUGUGACAAUCAUGCCCAAAGAUGUUCAUCUGGCUACAAGGAUCCGUGGCGAGAGGCCUUAAUUGUUCUACAAAUGGAGCAGCCUGCCACGAGCUACUUUUCAUGUUCCUGCCUUUAUGUUGAGAA